AUGGGCAGAAAACAUCAAAGUAAGCAAAAUGAAAAAGAAAAUAAAAUACAUCAACAAAAACGCAAAGAACUGUGCAAUUUAGUUGAAAAGUUAUUAGAUUUAACUACCGGUUUCUUUGGUACGACUAAUCAGAACAAAUUAUGGGAUAAUCAUAAGGAAAUUAUACCCAUUAUCAAAGAAAUAAUGAGCUAUGAGCAUAGCUCAUGCAAAGAGCAAAAAAAAUCAAGAGAAGAGAACAUAGAAAAGUAUGUCAUGUGGUUAAAGAAGCAUGAAGUAGAAUUUGAAGGGUUGGAAAUUUCUGAAUUUGAAGGCUAUGAAUAUGGACUAAAAGCUUUAAAGUCAUUUCCGGAGGAUUCUCUGCUUUUAACUAUUCCCAAACAAGUUAUGAUGACUGAGAUUGAUUGUAAAAAGUCUUAUUUAUCUAAAUUAAUGAAAGAUGAUGUACUGAUGCAUAACAUGCCCAAUGUUACCUUAGCACUUUUCUUGUUGUUUGAAAAAAGUAAAUCAGAUUCAUUUUGGAAACCCUACAUUGAUACUUUGCCUGAAUCAUACUCCACAGUAUUAUAUUUUGAUUUAGAAGAAUUGGCAGAACUGAAGCCAUCACCAACUUUUGAGUCGUCACUGAAGCUAUAUACAAACAUUGCUCGACAGUAUUCCUAUCUCUGGCACAGGAUAAAUAAAGCAAACCUACCUGGUUUAAAGAAUCUAAAGGAAAUGUUCACUUUUGAAAAUUAUAGGUAA